CUUCUGCACACUCACACACCUCAUGCGUGGACGGAAACUAGUACAGCGGACGCCAAAAACAACCAUCGCACUGCACGUGAUCGGGCUAUGCAUUCGCCAAGUAGAGAUUUGGUCAACUUGCAAUAAAGACACACUGGAACGCACUAUUCUUCCCCACUGCAAAAGGGAACUUCUCGGUGCUGGAUUAGAUGCCACUCUGGUAGGAUAAGGACAGGAGCGACGCACAACCAAGAGAGGGGAUUUAACUGGGUAACGUGAGUUCAACAACAAAAGGAAACAAGCAAAAAAAAAAAAAAAAAAAAAAAAAGUUGCAUUUCCUGCACGCAUCGUCAUGUCGAGGUAUAACUUCUUACUGUGCUUGAUGGUGCUCAUCUCCCUGGGACAGUCGGGGAGCGAUGAGCCCAAUCUGCUGCUGCCUCCCGCCAGCGAGACGCCCACGGAUGUCGGCCUGUCGCUCCUGGACGAGGACGCCGGUUCCCACGAGUGCUCCGCCUGUGUUUGGAGGGAACAAAGCAAAGUGCUGAGGCUGGAGACCAUUAAAUCGCAGAUCCUGAGCAAGCUGCGUCUGAAGCAGGCGCCGAACAUCAGCAGGGAGGUGGUCAACCAACUGCUGCCCAAGGCGCCCCCGCUCCAGCAGCUCCUGGACCAUCACGAUUUCCAGGGAGAUGCGUCCUCCCAGGACGAGUUCAUGGAGGAGGAUGAGUACCACGCCACCACCGAAUCCGUCAUCACCAUGGCUUCUGAGCCGGAGCCUCUGGUGCAAGUGAAUGGAAAACCGAGUUGCUGCUUCUUCAAGUUCAGCCCCAAACUCAUGUUCACCAAGGUUCUGAAGGCCCAACUGUGGGUGUACUUGCGACCACUGCAGCAGACCUCCACCGUCUACCUGCAGAUCCUGCGGCUCAAGCCCGUGACGGAACAGGGCAGCCGCCACAUCCGCAUACGUUCGUUGAAGAUAGAGCUCAACUCCAGGGUGGGACACUGGCAAAGUAUUGACUUCAAGCACGUGUUGCAGAACUGGUUCAAACAGCCCCACACCAACUGGGGAAUCGACAUCAACGCUUUUGAUGAAAGCGGCAAUGACCUGGCCGUUACCUCGCUGCGACCCGGGGAGGAGGGGCUGCAGCCGUUCCUGGAAGUGAAAGUCCUGGAGACGACCAAACGUUCUCGAAGAAACCUGGGCCUCGACUGCGACGAGCACUCCACCGAGUCUCGCUGCUGUCGCUACCCUCUGACGGUGGACUUCGAGGCCUUCGGCUGGGACUGGAUCAUCGCGCCCAAGCGCUACAAAGCCAACUAUUGCUCUGGCCAGUGCGAGUACAUGUUUAUGCAGAAGUACCCGCACACUCACCUGGUGCAGCACGCCAACCCCCGGGGCUCGGCAGGACCCUGCUGCACACCUACCAAGAUGUCGCCCAUUAACAUGCUCUACUUCAACGAUAAGCAGCAAAUUAUCCACGGCAAGAUUCCCGGGAUGGUGGUGGAUCGAUGUGGCUGCUCUUAGACUGCGGGACGACAAGCGCUUCUACGUUCAUCAUUCCAUCAAACCACCCCAAACGUGAAUGGAGGUGUCCCCUGGCACCAGAACCCAUUCCUUGGCACCAGAUUUAAAAAAAAAAAAGAGAAAAGAAAAAACAAAACACACAAAGGUUUCCAUUUCCGGAAAUUUAAAUGAUUCUAACUUGUAAAAAGUUCUGUAUGAAAUUGGAAUCAAAAAGGGACCAAGUGAUGGAAAUACAGUACAUUGAGUAAAUGUGUGGCGCGGCUUCGGAGAAUGAGCGAAACCUACGUUUUAUUUCUGUUGUUGUGUUUUUUAAUGCUAUCUUUGUUAAAUGUCCAUGUUAGUGGAGGGAGAUGACAGGAGACUCAACCAUUUUCAGUCCGACGUUUUUAGUUUACAAACACUCAUACUCGUGAUUGAUCUACAAAAAAAAAAAAAGCGGGGGUUGGGGGUGAUGGUCAAAUAAUUCAACCAGAAUCCACAAUUAACUCAUCGAAAUCCAGUUCAUUGUGGGGUUUUUUGUUGUUGUUGUUGUUUUUUUUUUUUUUACAGAUAUCGAGAAACGUUUUGAGGAGAUCCAAAACCAAACCCUUCAUCUAUAACACCUUAGUGUGACAUUCUCGCAGAUCCACAAACCCCUUUUCACUGCUGCUUUGAUUGUUUUAUUUGGAGUCUUGUAAAAACUCCCAAAAGCAACGGCGAGAGUAGAUGGUACAACUAUUUCCACUAAAGUAGUUACUCCAAAUGCAAAAUAAGGCCAAAAGGAUGCAUAUGCUGGUCUAAUAUUGAUCUUAAGUGAAUUUUUACCUUGUUGAACGGGUACCUUCAAGUUAUGAAUGAUACAAGGAAUUAGCAAAAGACUGUAAUAUGGACUUACACUAUAAUUUUUGUAUUAUUUCUUUUUCUAAAUUAUUUGCAUCCCUACUUUUAUUGGACCACAACGAUCACUAUAUUCAGCUAAUAACUUUGCACUUUAGGUCAACAUUGGGCCAGGAUAUGACUAAUUUGAGGCUUUUUUUUGUUCAUUAGGAAGCUUAGCAUGCAAAAAAAUAUGAUCAGAUGUAAGUAAACAAAAAAGUUAUGUUCAAACAACUAAUUGGCAGUAAUUCUAAUACAUGAGCGCAGUGAUCACAUGUCAUUAAGGUGCUUCGUUUACCAUUAGCAAGCGAUGAUGAAAUCCAAAGGAAAUCCAACUUAAAAACACUAUCCCCUAUUUAGAAAAUGAUAUUUUCUACACCCCCCGCCCCCAUCUUCCAAGAUCAUUCUCGUCAUGAAGAAUUGCUGUCGUUAGUGCUUAAAUACAGUAGAGAUUAGCAAGCUCAAAGUGUGUCUCCUGGAUGUCCUUUCAGAGAUGUCCGAUUGUUGUAAACGAAAGCACUAUGCUGUUGGAUAAAGGAAGAGCCUUCUGACAUUAUUAUAUAUAAAUGAUAUAUGUAUAUAUUAAAAGAAAAAGGCAUAGAAAACCUUUUGGGGGGGCACUCUACCUUACCAACAAUAAAUUUUGCACUAUGGCAUGAGGAGGUAAAGUGUUUUUUUUUUUUUUUUUUUUUUUUGGUGUGUGUGCGUGUGUGCGAGCUUGGACAGGGUUAGCCUCAAAGAAACUUUUCAAGCUUCUGUUUAGGAACCGUGCAGAGAAACUAGCAAGGUUAUCACUCGUUGUUUGACACCAUCACAUGUGUCCUGGCUUUUGUCCGAAGCGGGGACCUGUCCACUUCACACAUACAUUCGAUCCAUUCUGGAACCCGGACGUCCUGUCCCGUGCCAGCGGCCUGAAAGGCCCCCUUUCCAAAUGUUGAGCGAUAAGUCACGUGCGUAGUAAAAGUCCAGCUCGAUGAAUACAGAAUGCUUUAACUAGAAAUGGUCCGCCCGCCUACUCCACUGCAAAGUUAGCGAGACUUUACAGUCGGAUUCACCUUUGUUGAACGCACCCAUGUAAGAAUGGGGGGAGUAUCCAGGGAUCGUUAGCCAAAGUAGAGGACGACAUGUUGUGUGGUGUAACUUGUGUUGUUAUCGCAGGAAUUAUGCUAGAAUAUUUCAAAGGGAGGAAAACGCUGUUCGGGGCUGUGGUCGGAAAAGAUUCAACUGAUCAAUUGUCUAUAUUUAUUAAAAGGAAUCACGAAAUCUGUCUACCUCACUUUAGCGUUUCAGCAAAAAAAAAAGAAAUCAAAUGUGCAAAUGAACACUCAUGGCCCCCAAAAAGAGUAGAAGUAAACCACAGGGUCCCCGUACUCUCAGGCUGGGAUGAAUUUAUUGACAGAAUUUUUGAUGUUUCUGUGGUCAGAAGAUGGGAUUAGCUGUGCCCGACUAUUGCUCGAGCCAUUUUGAAAUUUUGUCUUUGUAUACUAGUAUGUGUGCGAGUGUUUUCAUAAAAAUAUAUGAGAGUAAAAGAAAAAAAAAGCCUCUAUGUAAAUAACAACCCAAAUGUUGACAUUUAUGAUGUCUUGGACAGGUUCACCGCUUCUAAUGUUUUUCAUUCCUUCAUUCUUUGUGUAGUUUUAAAUAAAUCACCCCAACAUUGUAGUUUAAUUGUUGUGCAUAUGAGUAACUGUUCAAAUGUUAUUUUUGCCUUUGUUGUUCACUGUCGUUUUUCUUUUGUACAAUAAAUCA